AUGAAGACCGCUGUUAUCCUUGCUUCCGUCUUUUCCCUCGCCCUGGCCGGCCCCAUCCACACCCGGCAGAACAACCUCCAGACCUUCUCAGGCGCGCUUGGUGGCAUCGAAGCUACCCCCAUUGUCGACUCGGGCAACCCGAACCGCCCGUUCCAAGUGAAGGGUGACACCUUUGUGAACUUGGCUGCCGCGCUGCAGAGGUCCUGCGACCAGCAGUUCAAUGCAUGCGCAAAUGCGGCGAACGGUGGAGAUCAAAGUCUGAGCGUUUCGGAUUGCCAGGCCCAGAAGGACCAGUGCAGUGCGGCUAGCAAUGGCAACAACGGAAAUGGGAACCAGGGCCAGAACCAAAACCAGAACCAGAACCAGAACCAGGAUCAAGGCCAGAAUCAGAACGGCGGAAACGCAGGGAAUGUCUGCAGGAGGAAGACCAAGAGGAACAACAAGCAGUGA